UCAACUUGUAUAUAAAAACAUCAUGGCAGCAUACAUGUUGCAUGUAAACAAUGGACACUUUCCAUUUUUUGUAUAUAAUUGAACUUAAAAACGACUUUUAAUCAUGAAGUUUUCUCAGUACACUUACAGAGUUGCAGUUGUAUUUACAUUUCUACAUUUAGUGUUGAUAUACUUAGCAACUGCUUCUCAUGAUGAAGAAAUCGGCGACUUUUUUCAAAGUGGUCAUACCAAUAAUUGGGCAGUUUUGGUUUGCACUUCAAGAUUCUGGUUUAACUACCGGCAUGUUGCAAAUGUGUUAUCUAUUUACCGCAGUGUUAAACGUCUUGGAAUACCAGAUAGUCAUAUAAUUCUGAUGCUUGCUGACGAUAUGGCAUGUAAUCCUCGUAAUCCUAAAGCAGCAACAGUUUUUAACAAUGCUCAUCAUCACAUUAAUGUGUAUGGUGAUGAUGUAGAAGUAGAUUAUAGAGGUUAUGAUGUUACUGUUGAAAACUUCAUUAGACUCCUGACUGGCCGACUUGCUCCAAGUACACCCAGAUCCAAACGUCUUUUGUCUGAUGAACAUAGUAACAUUCUGAUCUAUAUGACUGGGCAUGGAGGUGAAGGUUUCUUGAAAUUUCAAGACUCAGAAGAAAUUACUAAUGUAGAAUUAGCUGAUGCCUUUGAGCAAAUGUGGCAAAAGAGGAGAUAUCGUAAUAUAUUUUUCAUGAUUGAUACUUGCCAAGCAGAAUCCAUGUUCUUGAAGUUUUAUUCACCUAAUAUAUUGGCUGUGGCAAGCAGUAAGAUUGGAGAAGACUCUCUUUCUCAUCAUGGAGACCCUACCAUUGGGGUUUAUGUUAUAGAUAGAUACACAUAUUAUGCUUUAGACUUCCUAGAGAAAGUAAACCAAGGUAGCACUAAAACAAUGGGCCAGUUUCUUCAAGUGUGUCCAAAACGCGUAUGCAUAUCAACAGUAACCUCUAGGAAGGAUCUUUUCCCUGCAAAACCUGAGCAAGUAUUGUUGACCGAUUUCUUUGGAAGUGUCAGGAAUGUUGAAUUGACAAGGAACACCAUACAUCUGCCACCAAUUUCAAAUGAAACUAGUGUUGAUGAGACUGUUAUUUCCAUGGUACCUAAUUGGAUAUAUGCAGACCAAUUUCCUCUUUAUUAAUAUACAUGUAUAUUUUACUUACAAUGUUGAACUUAUUUAUUUGUACUUUUCCCUUCUCCUCUUCUGUAUGAUAUUUUAUCCUUGAAAAAGUGUCCUUUUUGAAAAUUGUAAGAAAAAAAUGUAAUCUGUUAAGAAUUAAGGAAAUAACUAUUAAUUUAUUAUAUGUUUUAAGUUUGUAAUAAGUUAUCAUUUGUACAAAUAUGCAUUAUAUCAUUAAAGCAGAUUAUUAAAAUUUAA